AUGGUUAAAGAGAAGAUGUACUUCGAUGAUGCCGCCUUAUUUGAAGUCGAGGUAAUGCAUGAUCAACGGUGGCCCCGAAUCCGUACUGUGACCGGCGAUGUCUUAAGCGUAUGCAUGGCCUCCCGGAUCAUGUAUCUAAUCAAGCAAGGCCAUACAGUGGAUUGCAUACCCUGUCACUUCCAUGAGGAAUUCAAUCGCGAGAUUCCAAAGGCCACAGUUAAGGCCAUUUUCCACCAGAAGUUUGACAUCACCGAGGAACCUCUUCCAAACGGAGAGAUCCUGAUACCCACAUCCGAGCCGGCAAUCGGCCAUGCUGAUUAUGCGAAAGGACAUGUCCUUCCAGCGGGGUUAUACUACGAGAUCCUCAAUUACGCGAGACUGUACGACGCCACCACCAUCCGCCUCCUGGUCGAAGACCGGUGGGGCUUUGACAUCUCUGAGGAUACUAUUGCCAAGGCGUUCGAUGAUUGGGAAACCGAACUUACGCUCCGCGAGCUUCCUCGACCCGAUGAUGCUCGUCCACAGCAUGAGGGUCAGUUAUUGCAUGAACUUGAAUUGUCCACCACCGCUCCCGCUGGUAGUGAAGACCGUCAAAUGUUCGACACUCCUCCGCCUGAAUAUUCCCCGGGGCCUGUUACACAAGGGGAAACAGACAAUACAAGCACGGAUCGAAGCCUCCCGCCGGUGGAAAACAAGGCUUGGCAGUCGCAAGAACAACCAGUGGCCAUGUUUUCGCGGUCCAACGUGCUCGACUAUAUCUUCAGUGCAUACAACGGCGUCACUGUUUGUCCAUACGGCGCACGAGAUCCAGUCAAGGUCGAAUAUCCACUUGGCCUCACUAUGAUUAGAGAGUACAUGGCAUUGAAUGCCAUCGAACGAAAACGCGUACUGACGGAAGCAGAUCUCUUCCCCGCGCACGUGAUCAAUGAACAAGGUGAGCUCGACGCUGAAGGAAAGCUGAUGCAUCAAUUCAUUAAAUCCGUCCGCGAUGAGCUUUUUCACAGCAGCUGUGCCUCUUCGCGUAAGGUGAUGGAGGAUUUCUCAGUGCAUGCUAGCUUCUUCGGACUCGCCCUAAUUCUUAACCACAUGAGACUACGCAGGGGUGUUCCGGAGUUUAACCCAGAGGAACCUGGUCGACUCGUUGAAGUUAUUCUCGAAGAACUACGACUGAGCGACAAUGUCUUCGUGCGUCAGUCCCUCUCUGAACACCCUCCAGGCCCUACGAUCAACGCGGACAGUCUGAAGGCUCUCCUGGCGGAGAUCCGGGCUAAGAGAUUAGCAACGCCCAUCAUAAAUCUGGAUAUAGUCGCCAACCCCCUGUCAGAUAAACAAGUGGAAUCCUAUGAACGGGAACUACGGAACGUCUGGGCGUUGCUCUUAUCGGCUGUUCAAUCCACGACAACCGAGGGCUUUCUUGUGCGCAGAAGCAUCUUGGAAAGACAUAUCAAAAAAGGAACUUGA